CUUUUACUUCUUUUCUUUUCAGAAGAAGAAGGUGAAGGUAAAGAGAUGGCACCCAAGAUGGAUAAAGCCUUACUGGCCCAAUUGAAAGCUGAGAGAGCCAGGCAGUUGCCCGGAGCCGUGGCUCCGAAAAGAAAAAGCUCUCGUCUUCAGAAAGAGCUGAAUGUUGAAAGUUUCUUGGAUGCUAACCUUUACAUCAAUCCUACUCCUGAGUUGGCAGUUGAGCAAACUGUCAACGAAAAUGUUGAGAAUUUAAAGAGAAAAGCGAAGGGUAUUGUAAUGGGAAGUACUCAUUCUGCAAAGAAGUCGAAGGUCUCUGUUGGUCCUUCCAUUUUGGGUGACCGUUAGGAAGUUCUUAAGCAUGCUUCUGAGUUGCUUUAUACAACAGAUGAAGAAUUGAUGGGAGAGAUGUCUUUUCAAGAGGUUGGGGAGCAAAUGUUAGUUGAAUUAGCCAUGGCUGCAGCCCGUGGUCGAUAUCUCACUUCCCAGAGCCAUAGCUUGGGCAAGCAGGUUGUUACUCUUACGGAAGCCAAUUUUAAGCUUGUAAAAUAAGGCGCCUCAAUGACUGUCGAGCUUCAAAAGGCUACCACUGAGAGAGACAUCGCUUUGAAGUUAAAGAAAGAGCUGGAGGUGGAGAGAGAUACUGCAGUGGCAGCUGCUCGAAGUUUGGAGCAGAAGAUUUCUGAAUGGGAUGUGGAGAUGGAGAAGUACCGGGUUAUGAGCCAAGGGAUGCUUGAGAAGGUGAAGAAUGCUCGAAGGGAAGCCAUUGAACUCUUCCUGCAGUCCCCUGAAUACCGUCAGGACAUAACUCAGCAAAAUUUUGACGGGUUCGAAGCUAUGAGGAGCCGGGCGGCUUUAGCUUUUCCAAAUUUGGAUUUUUCCAAAUUUGAAGUUGAUGAUGAAGAGACGCCCUCUAGCUUUGACGGGGGACGUAGGGAGGAAGAGGAAGGCGAUGGUGCAGCGUCUAAAGAUACAUCCACUCCCAGUUCAGCAAUUAUAUCCCUUCUCCAAUCUCCCGAGAAAGUUUCUCUUCCUCUCGAAUCUUCAGUUCCAGUGGCAACACCUCCUAGUCCAUCAUCUAGUGAUGGGAAGGCUGUUUGA